AUGUUCCACCUUGAAUCACCUACUAUUGAUGGCAUACAGAGUGAUGUGCCUAUCCAUAAACCCCAAUAUGUUGAUAAUCCAUUGCCAAACUCGCCUGAAUGUCAACAGAUAAUUGACCAUUUGCAAUUGAUUGAGCAUAGAGAAGGUGGAUAUUUUAAAGAGACCGAUAGAUCUCCUUUCUACAUGCACAAUCCAUACAAUCCUGAUUCACCUGAGGUUAUUAAUACUGUUGGAGUGGAUAGCAAAGAGAUCACAAGAAAUUAUUCCACAUUGAUCUAUUAUCUCAUUACUCCUUUUAUUCCCCUUGGAAGAAUGCACAGAAACCGUUCAAGGAUCAUUCACAUUCUUCAGAAAGGGUCGGGUCAAUAUGUAUUGGUUUAUCCUGAUGGAACUGUUAAAACUUUUAGGGUAGGAUUCGAUUUUGCUGCGGGAGAGGUGGCUCAGUGGGUUGUACCAGGGGGCGUGUGGAAGGCCAGUUUUAUUUCGGAUAAAGACAGUCAUUUGCUAAUUUCUGAAGUUGUUGUUCCAGGGUUCGAAUAUUUAGAUCACACUUUCAUGGAGUAUGCUGAGCUUUUGAAACUAGUGGGUGAGGCCAAAGCACAAGAAUUGAAGUGGUUGUUGGGCAGUCAAUGA